AUGGGUAAACAUGGUAAAUAUAUCAAGCAUUAUCGUGAUGAAUGGGAUAAACUGCCAGCAUUUAAAAAUUGGCUUAGUCGAGCACCUGUUGUACUGACGGAUAGUGGUAAAGGUAAGGCAUUUUGUAAAUUAUGUAUCACACCACUCCGUGCGCACAAAACGGAUUUAGAAAAGCACAUGAAAACUAAAACACAUAAAGACAAAGAAUUAAGUUUUUCUAAAAAGCAACCCAAGCUUGCAUCGUUUGGCUACUCCUCAAUUAGUAACAGUUCAUCAAAAGAAAAAAUAAUAGACAUACAAAUAUCUGCCUAUGUCGCUGCUCACAGCUCCAUACGCAGCAUUGAUCAUCAGACAAAUGUGUUAAAAACCUGUGGGACAGGGAGUCCUCUUGAAAACAUACAAUUACAUAGAUCAAAGUGUUCGGCCAUUAUAAAAAAUGCUCUAGAACCGGCCAUGCUCAAGGAACUUUUAGAAGAAGUUGGUAACCAGAGCUACUCUAUUAUACUGGAUGAAUCCACUGACGUAACAACAGAAAAGUACAUGGCAUAUUGCAUCCGAUUCUAUAAUUCAAAACUAGAAAAAAAUAGUUGUUGA